CUUCUUGUAUGACAAUUCUAUCCUCUCUCUUGUUCCCAGGCCGGCAGCAAUGAAGAUCCGAUCUUGGCUAUCAACAUGCUCCUCAACCACCAGCAUCCCCAUCUCCGGCGACCCUUCCGCCCCAUCUCCGCCACGAAAACACUACCCUCCGCCAAAAUCUCUAGUUUCCGACGACACCAGCAGCUGCUUCUCCGAUACCCAGACAUCAUCAUCAACCAGCAUCCAAAGCAAUCUCUCCCUACUAACCCUCCCCUCAGUCCCUUCUCUCCAGAAACUCGCAUUCUCCCCCGGCCAAACCGCCGCCGCGAAUUCCUCCUCCUCCGCCGCCGCCACUCCGCUCGCCAGCCUCAACAACCCCAGCGGCGGCCGCGCCGCCCACGUCAAUUUCAUUGCCCUCCACAACAACCUCCUCUACGCCGCCUCGGGGAACGAAAUCAACGUCUACGAGACAAUAAACAACACCCUCUUCGACACGUUCAACGCCGGCAAACCCUCCGCCGGCGCCGUCAAAUCCAUAGCCUUCAGCGACGGCGGCAGGAUCUUCACCGCCCACCAGGACUGCAAAAUCCGCGUCUGGAAACUGAACGAUCAGAAGCAGCACAAACUCGUCGCCGCCCUCCCCACCGUCGAGGACCGCCUGAGAAGAUUCCUCCUCCCUCAGAACUACGUCAGCGUCCGCCGCCACAAGAAGAAGCUCUGGAUCCAGCACCACGACGCCGUCUCGGCACUCUCCGCCGGCCACCAAAACGACGUCGUUUCGGUGUCGUGGGACAGAAGCAUCAAAAUCUGGCAAUCAAAUAACUUGCGGUGCCAGCAGUCGAUCAACAAAGCCCACGACGACGCCAUCAACGCGGCGGCGGUAUCGAGAGACGGGUUGAUAUACACCGGCUCCGCCGAUAAGCGAAUUAGGGUUUGGAAAAGGGAGGAUAAAAAGUACGGAUUAAUAGCCACAUUGGAGAAGCACAAAUCGGCGGUGAAUGCAUUAGCGCUGAGUUCCGACGGGUCGGUUUUAUUUUCCGGGUCGUGUGACCGGUCCAUUUUGGUUUGGGAUAGAGAAGACAGUGCUAACCAUAUGGCGGUUACCGGAGCGCUGAGGGGCCAUGCAAAGGCGAUACUGUGUUUGAUCAACGUUCGAGAUUUGCUUUUGAGCGGGUCGGGUGAUCGGACGGUCAGGAUUUGGCGGCGAGGGGUUGACGGGAUGUACUCUUGUUUGAAUGUGUUGGAUGGGCAUCGGACGCCGGUGAGGUCGUUGGCGGCGUUGGUGGUGGAGGAGACGGCGGCAGACGGCGGAGGGGUGGUGAAGGUGUUUAGUGGAAGCUUUGAUGGGGAGAUUAAAGUGUGGCAAGUUGAAGUGGUGAAUCAUUUAAUUUCUUGAUUUUUUUUUUACAUUUUUUUUUGUGUGUUUGUGAUUAAUUUAGGUUUUUGAUUUAAUUAAUUAGAUGUGAUAUUUGUUGAUUGUUAAUCUUGGUUACAUUUGAUUCGAUUUCAGUCUGCUAAAUGUGUAUAGAAUCUAAAUUACAUUCUCUAUCUCUAAAUAUAUUUUGACUCACAGAAGAAUGAAAUAUAUGUCAGAUCCACAAUUUUCAUU